AUGUCCUCACAAUACGCGAGCGAGCCCAAUCCCACCGCGUCGGCCACGCUCAACACGACAGUUGGUCCGAUCCAAAUCGCGCUCUUCGCAAACCAGACACCCCUCACUUGCAAAAACUUCCUCCAACACUGCAAAGAUAAUUACUAUGCAGGAACAAUUUUUCAUCGAGUAGCCCCGGAUUUCGUGAUCCAGGGUGGUGAUCCCACCGGCACAGGCUCCGGCGGCACGUCAAUCUACGAAUAUCCAGAAUUCGAAUAUGACCCCGAAGCUCGGGACCCGAAUGAGCGAGUUGUUUUGCGCGAUGAGCUUCACAGUCGGUUGCGCUUUAACCGGCGUGGACUGCUGGGCAUGGCCAAGAGCGAGGAUGGGACAUACGGCAGUCAAUUUUUCAUUACGCUUGCGAACACAGAGCGCGAAAUGAACGGACAGUGCACAAUCUUCGGCAGAUUGGAAGGUGACAGUAUCUACAAUGUGUUGAAGAUCGCGGAUGCAGAGCUCGUCGAGGGCACUGAGCGACCUGUUUAUCCGAUCAAGGUUACCUCCUGUGAGGUUGGAGAGUUAGGGCCUUUGGAGGGCAAGUUGAAGGAUCGCCAGGCUAUCUCGUCUACAUCAAAACCAGAGAAACAGGCGCCCAAAAAGAAGAAGAAGGCGCCUAAAGGUGGAAAAACACUGCUAAGCUUUGGAGAUGAUGAAGGCGACGAUGGAAUGCCAAUGCGCCCAGCAAAGCCCAAAUUCAACACUCAAUUAGUCGCGGAUGUGCCAGGCGCGCAGACCGAUGCACCAAAGCCCAAGACUUCCAGCGAUGCCCAGUCACAGCCUCGCAAACGUCAAAGGUCACCAUCCCCUAGACGAUUAGCGUCACCUGAACGUAAAAAGCGCAUUAAAACGCCAGAGCCAGAAACUCAACUUCCUGUCCAAGAUCCUGAAUCACCCAUUCGCUCUCCAACACCAGAAGCACCCAAGGAGUCCAAGUUAUCCAAGACAAACGCCCAGAUCGCCAGUCUAAUGGCAUCAAUGCGCCGAGAGGUCGACACCGGUCCAAAAGAUACAGGCCGCAAGAAGUCCGCCCUCGAAGCGAUGAUCCCGGAAACCUCAAUCCGAGGACGUCGACGACCACCACCAGGAUCAGCAAACGGCUCAAGCCGCAACGGCACAGGACCUAGCAACGCAGCAGAGCGCGAAGCUCUGCAACUCUUCAAUGCCUUCAAGGCAAAGCUAGAAGGCGCCAAACCUGAACCCACACCAGCAUCACAAACUAAAACUAACGGCAAAGAAAGUGUGCAAAACAAAGACGCAGACGAAGACGAAGAAGCCCAACUGUGCGACCUACACUUCAUUGCCAACUGCCAAUCCUGCCAAUCAUGGGACGAUCCAUCUGCAGAUGCGGGCGAUGAUCCCGCACAAGAAGGAGACUGGCUCUCGCACGAACUCCGCUUUGGGAAGGAUACACUUGGUAAAGACUUGGAGUGGAAAAAGAAGAACCAGGAAGCGGAUUCGCUUAUGGUUAUUGAUCCUCGUGAGAAGGAGAAAGAGGUUGUUGGGAGUAGCAGUGGGAAGAAACGUGGAUUCCAGCGGGAUCGGGAGCGGGAGCGGAAGCGUGAACGGGCCGGAGAUCUGGAGUGGGAGAGAGGGAGGUGA